GAAUUUCAGCUAUCCCCUCCUGUGGCUUUCCUCAUCAGCGGCUACCCUAUUGUGGCUUUUUUCAUCGGCAGCUUUUGAUUUUUCACGAAAUCUAAAAUGGGUGUUUGUUCGUGUUCGUGAAUCAUGAGAUGUAUGCCUCUUCGACGAAACCAGUUUAAUCUCGAGGCGAGAUAGGUGUUGAUCGUUAGAUUUUUACUUGUGUUGCUUGUAUGUAACUCAGAAAAUUGGGGCUUUUGUUCGUGACCGUAAAAAACAGUAGGUUUGUUCAUAGCCAUGAAUUUCGGCUACCUUUUGUUCUUGAGAAAGCAAAGAUGGGUGAAUGCUCUUGAACGUGAAAUCGGGUGUCUCUCUCUUUGGCGUACCCAAUUGCAGCUGCAGCCAGUGGGAGUUUUGGUUUCUAAUGAGAUGCACACUUGAGGGGCUUGGGGUUUUCGGAUAUAAAAAAAGCACCAAGAAUGGAAGAUUCAUAUUCUGUCAGUAGCCCCAGAAGAAUCCUCAGCCUAUCAAAGAAGAGGCGGGCAAGUGUGUCCUUCCAAGAUCCGGAUGAAAAGUUAUCCGGGUUUCGAUUGCCUGAAGAACAUGGUCCCAAAACUUCAGAAGUUUAUGGCUUUGUAGGCUCUAUCACAACCAUCGUUGCUACAGCUAUUUUCUUGAUAUGGGCAUAUGUUCCCGAGUCGUGGCUGCAUUCUGUAGGGAUCUUCUACUAUCCUAGCAGGUAUUGGGCAUUGGCAGUGCCAACUUACGCUAUGGUGACGGUUGUAUUAGCAUUGGGGUUCUACAUUGGCCUCAACUUCAUGUUCACCCCUCCCCCUACUUCCUUGAACUCUUUAUUUGAUGAAUUCAGUAGAGAACCCGCAACCUCAAAGCCUUCCAUGGAGGGAGAUGAUCAGCCCAUUGAACCUAUUUCUGAUAUUGGCAUUGACAGAAUCAAUCAUCUCAUGUUUAAAGAUGUCAAAUGAAAGUGACCCUUUGAUCACGGCUCACCCGUCAUUGCUAUUUUGCUAUUUGUUCUUUUUUUUUUUUUUUUGGGUGUAAGAAUGGUGAGACUAUGUUCGAAAGCCAUUGAGAAGUAUUACGGCCCACAGGGUUCGUCUUUGUAGUUGUGUAUAUUCUUUCCCUCACACUGAAAUUGCCAUUAGCUAUCCAUCAAUGCAACAAAAAGAAGAAAACCAAAACAUG